AUGCGUACAGAAGAUCAACUAGCCUCUACAUCUGAAACACUUGGAAACAAGGUGCCUAUGGGAUCAUUUACUACAGCCUCCCUGUCAAUGUUGCUUGCCUUUGCACAUUUGGCAAUGACUAUAGCAGCAGUUGAUCCUGUUGCAGCCACUGGGAAAGAACCAGUCAUUGAGUUAUAUAUGCAUGACAUUCUUGGGGGCAGUAACCCAACAGCUCGACCUGUAACUGGCUUGCUAGGCAACAUAUACAGUGGUCAAGUGCCCUUUGCAACCCCAGUAGGAUUCAACACCCCACAAGGUGGGAUUCCCAUCCCCAAUGCCAAUGGUGCUGUUCCCACUAUCAAUGGAGUUUUUGGUACUCCACUAGGAACUGGCUUGGCUGGUACUUCUUUUGCAGGAAACUCAAACAACAACAACAACAACAACAACAACCAAAAUAAUGCACAGCUUCAGGUAGGACCUGAUGGACUGGGACUAGGCUUUGGUACAAUCACUGUAAUAGAUGAUAUACUAACUUCUCAACCUGAGUUGGGGUCCCAAAUAAUUGGGAAAGCUCAAGGGGUGUAUGUGGCAAGUUCAGCAGAUGGGACUAGACAGAUGAUGGCAUUCACAGCCCUGUUUGAAGGAGGGGAAUAUGGAGAUAGCUUGAACUUUUAUGGCCUGUACAAGAUUGGAAGUACCAUGUCACGAUUAUCUGUGAUAGGGGGCACAGGGAAGUUCAAGAAUGCAAGGGGGUUUGCAGAACUGAGAGGUCUUAUCCCACCAGGGCAAAUUUCCACUGAUGGUGCUGAGACAUUGCUGAGGAUCACUAUCCAUCUGAACUACUAAAACUGUGUUGUGGAAAUGUAAAAGCAAAUGGGUGCUGUUUAUUUAUCGAUGACUAUGACAUGAUUGGUCUUGUAUUUUGUCAGUUUGAUUGCAAAAUGUAUUUGAAAUCUUAGUUGUAAUCCCAAGAAACCAUAUUGUGAUUUGUUUUUCCUCUUUUUUAAAUGGUAAAUUGUGGCACUUGGUAUACUGGUGGUAUUCUAGAUUUCUAGUGCGUUUUAAAAAAAAAUUCUAGAGUAGGAUCAUUGGAUCAAGUAGAAGUAAUUUCUGGUCAAGACAAAAACAAUCAGAACGUUAAUGCUAUAAAAAGACAAAAAAUAGUUCAUUUGAGCAAACAACUACACUAUUAAUCCUUGUGUGUGUGAGCAUGCUUGUGUGAAAACUGAAAAGGCAAAGCAUGACCAACAUGAGAAACGCUAAUUUGCA